AUGGUAAAAUUAUUGUAAGUGGUUGGAGUAAUGGGAAAAUCUGAACCUUUUUACAAUAAUCAUGUAGAUUGCCAUAUUUAAUUAAUGAUGCACCUAUACAUGGGUGUACCUCAUUAAUAUGUACUUCGGAUUGUUAAACAAUUAUUUCAGUAAAAUCAGAAGUAGAAGUCAGGAUUUGGAAAAUUGGAAAGCAAACUUAAGUUAUGA